GUUGAUGAAUGUUUUACUUGUUAACUCUCUUGGGAAGGAUACGGAAUUUCGGAUAUAUAAUUUAUUGCAGUGUAAACAAGAUUGAAAUGGUCUAGAACGAGAGUUACGCUUUCAUCUUCUUCCUCGCCUUUUUGUAUAGUAUUCGACACUUGUUCACGGUAUUUUGUUAUAUAAAUUCCUCGAAAUGGACGAAGUGCCAGAUAUGGAUGACUUAUUGAAUGAGCUUGAAGCCGCGGAAACGACUGGAAAGCUGAAAUAUGGUGCAAAUGACCGAUAAUAAACCCUAAUAUGGUUCACAUAGAUUCUUCGAAUGAUUUAACGGAUAAACGGAAUACUUCACAUAUGCUAAUUAACGAUCAUAUCGAAGUGUACGAAAAUGCAAAUGCUGUGGAUAUUGAAGCCAUAAACGUUCUGUCUGAUAUUAUCUCUUCUUUAUCAUCGGACGAAAACGGCAGUUUACAUUACAGUGUUGAGGUAAAACCGGAAGGUAUUGCUGAACAAGCUACUGAAAUUGUGAAGGAUUCAACAAGUGAAAAUUCAAUUUCCGCGAAAAUUGCUGACUAUAAAGAAGAUGAGAUGAGGGAAAGCUUAUCAGAUCAUCUGCCCUCACAUUCUAAUGUUGUCUUGCAUGAAUACGGAGAAACUAAUUCUGAGGAACUCUUGAAUAAGGCAUGUACUUUUAAGGUAACCGAUGAAAUGGACAGGAUAGCUGAACAAUACGCUGAAAUGGAGGAGUAUUUAGACAGUUGUGUCACAAAUGACACUUCUCCGGAUAUCUCAAAAGAACCGUGCCUGACAUCUGAAACGGAAGUUUCAUCCAUAUUUUCCUCCAAGAAAGCGACUAAAUGGGAAAUGAUUACUCUAGAAGAAACAGAUAGGAAAUCUCUUUCUCGUGAAGUGGAUUCCGGUAGGAAUUUUCGGUCAUCUUCUGAAUCUUUUAACCUAGAAGAAGAAACGGAUCGGGGAGUAAGAGACGCAGUCAUGGCAAGGAUCGUCAAAGAUGCAACAAUAGAACAUGAUGUAGCCUCAUUUACCACUACUAACGAUCAGCUAGUCGAUGAAAUACCACACGAUACAUUGGUGGCUACAAAAGAUUCAGUCUCAAGUGAUGCACAAAAAAAUGUUGACGUAUGUAUUGAUGGCAGUACGACAUCGCCACCAUUAUCUUGUUGUAUGCAAUCGUCUAUUAGAGCAGAUGAUGCUAAAGAGACGAUCAGUUCAUUCGAAAAAUCAGAAGAUGAAAAUGAGAGAGAAAGGCGAGGAAAUGAUAAUGAGGGAGAACAGCAGCCAGAUUUGAUAGAGAAUAGUAUUGAUCAUUCAGUGAGCGAAUGUGAGAUAUUGGGUCCAGUGGUUGAUGAAGCUCAAACCAUCUCUGUGGUCUCAAGUACAUAUGAUAUAUCACAUGAUUCUGGAGUGAAGUAUUUGACUGAGAGCGAACGUCAACUUGGGAAGAAAAAACCAAUAUGGAUAGACGAUAGGGAAACGCUGUCAUGCAUGUUAUGCUGCAUUAAAUUUACAGUUUUCGUUAGACGGCAUCACUGUAGAUGUUGUGGUCGUGUGUUAUGUGCUCGUUGUACCACGCAGAAGGCUUCUUUGUCAUAUGUCAAUAAUCCAAAGAAAGAACAUCGAGUUUGUGAUCCGUGUUUCGAAACAUUACAACGUAUUGAAGAAUUUGAAAAGAACAUAAAAACAGGUGAGUUAGCAGAUAUGAAUGAAUAUGGUCAUUCAUCAGAUAUUAGUCCGGUUACAAAACCAGUGUUAAAAUCAAGAGGGAAACCAGAAAAUACUAUCAGUACCAAUAAUGAGUGCUCAUCAUCAAAUGACACAGCACAUGGUGGUUCUGCAGUAAAACGGAGCGUUACAUUCCGCGAUGGUCUUCAUCCAGGUUACAGUUCUAAUGCGACUGAAUCAUCAGUUACUGACAUGGGUUCUUCAAAACCAAAGAAGCAUGAUUCGAGAAGGCAGCAUAUAUCACGGCGUCUACUACAACUUCACGUUGCCGACGAAUGUGUCUGCCUUCUGUCUGGUGAUGGCUUAGCUUCUGAUGCUGACGAAACAGCAACUGCUGAUAAUCAACGUAGGACCGCCUUGUAUCUGCGAAGUAAAGAUGGUAUCAUAAAAGAAUGUGAUAAUAUUCAGGAACAAAUCACUUCGUUAAAAAAUUUUGAGCUGCUUGAAGUGAUGAUUUUUCGAAAUUUGUGGUGUAGCAUUAAGUUAUGUCAAUACGAGAACAAGACUGUGAUGUGUAUUAUAUCGAGUGGAAUGUCAUUUGUUGGACUGGAUGAAAUCUUUCUUGCUUAUUACUGUGAUACGGAACUCAUCGAAUUGCCAAUCGAUUAUUUGUGGCGAAUUUACGAAAUUUAUCAGAAUGCAUUGGUCCCACGCAAUGAAUCAUCAGAGGAAGAAUUGGGUAUACGAUUAGCACACAAGCGCAUUCCAACACUGAAUCGAACAGUCCGAUUCUCAAAUUCCGAUAAACCAGUAGCACGCGACAUACUUCUGUUUAGACCAUCUGUUCAGACAUUUGCAAAUCUCUUGGUACCGUCUUCGUCAUUUUUGGUUGCAACAUUCAUUUAUCAAUCUGAGUCGAUUUGGGCAAAUGUGAUACCACAACGACUUCUCUUUAGACUUGGUCUUCAAGCUUCCUUUUAUCCCACAUCAAUUAUAAAUGAUUUCAAUCGAGAACCGGUGUAUAAUUCAAUAUUUGAUACAAGCGUCCUUAAAAUGUUCAACGAUUUUCGAAAUUGGCGUUUCCAAAUGCCACUUAUAUCAGGUAGCACAUUAACGAUUCAAGAUAACAGCGAAUCUGUCCUAAUUAUUCCAACUUGGGCAUCGGAAGAGAUCAGCAAGUUGAUCAAAGCAAAUAAAAAUAUGCUUGCAUGGGGUCUUGAUUUUAGUCCUGAUGCUGAUAGCUAUCUUAUCUGCAAGCAGGAUAAUGCCGGUUGUUUCAGCUCACAAAUUUUCACGAAAAGCAUUGCAAAUCGAAAAGUAACUGGCGCUUCUUUUGUUGUUAUCGACGGAGCUUUGAAAGACGGUGGAGAACCAUUUGCUAUAAAUGUUCUGGAAGACGGCGUGACAAUUCGAUUUCGAUCAGAUAUAAUGGAAUCACUUAUUGAAGCACUUUUGGUUGGACGGGAUUUUGAACAGGAUUCAUCGGCAAUGAAAUUUUCAAUUAACUGGGAUGAUGAUUCGUAUUCACAGCAGCUUGUUGGUGGAUUGGUAUCUCCAAUUGAUAAUCGCUCAUUAAUUGGCUGUUAUCAGUAUGGUUUGAAAAAAUCAAGAAUUUUGGGUUCAUCAUAUCUAAUACCGAAUCAAGUGCAUUGGUCGCUUAGACUGGUUAGUGUGUACAAUGUUGCAAAAGGCCGAUUCGUCCAACGUGUUCAAUCAAAAGUUUUCAGUGUCAGUGAACAGAUUGUUGCGCAAAUUGCAACAACACUAGUCCCUUUCAUCACUGCUCUCAUCGAACAUGAUUUGAGGCAUAUCUUCUUUCGUAUUCGCGUCACUUCAGAAGAUGCUGAAUAUAAGACACACCCUUGGCCUGGUAUGGAAAAGGAAUUUGCUGCAUGGUUGGACUUUUUGGACUAUCAGAUAGCGCCAGGCUUAUUCACCGUCUGUUCAUAUGUAACAGUCGGAUUUCAUGCUGAACUUCACAUGGCUUUGAUUUCAGUUCGACCAAACCCAUAAUACUUUUACUUUUUAUCCGGUUCUGUUUGUAAUGCUACUCCAUAAGCAACAGCUGUAACGUGAAUGCUCUGUUGAAUGUGUUAUGUUGAUAGUGAAUACUGAUGUUGAUGUUAGUGAAC